CAGGUGGUACCAUUGACCGAUAGUGGGACUCGAUGGCCGCGAGUGUGAUUCCAGUGGACGCGUUUAAAAAGCUUUGAAUUAAAUCAUGAUUUCUGGAUCAUCGUUGAUUUUAUUUGCAGUGAUCAGUGUAAGUUUAUGUGAUGACGGUCAUGAAAUGGAAGAGUUUUUAAAGCGAGAGUAUUCACUGUCCAAGCCUUACCAGGGUAUCGGUGUGUCGGGUUCAUCUCACUGGGAGCAGAUGGGAGACGCUCUGGUCACCACCGAUCACGUGCGUCUCACUCCAGACCAGCAAAGCAAACAGGGAGCUAUUUGGAGCCGAAUACCGUGUCAUCUGAGGGACUGGGAACUACAGGUGCACUUUAAGAUUCACGGUCAGGGGAAGAAGAAUCUGAAUGGAGACGGUCUGGCCAUCUGGUACACCAAGGAGCGCAUGCAGAAAGGUCCGGUGUUUGGAAACAGGGAUUUCUUCACAGGACUUGGCGUGUUUGUGGACACCUACCCCAACGAGGAGAAACUCAUGGAGGCCCAGAGGAAGAGAUACACGCCCCGCACACAGAGGAUAUUCCCGUACGUGUUGGCCAUGGUGGGCAAUGGCACCAUAAGCUACGAUCACGAGCGGGAUGGGCGGCCCACAGAACUAGGCGGCUGUAACGCCAUGGUGCGCAACCUGAAGCACGACACCUUCCUGUUCAUCAGAUAUGUCCGGCGCAGACUCACGAUCAUGCUUGACAUCGACGGGCAGCACGAAUGGAGAGACUGUCUGGACGUUCCUGGCGUGCGUCUGCCGCAGGGCUUCUACUUUGGCAUUUCAGCUAUCACUGGAGAUCUGUCAGAUAACCAUGACCUGAUCUCAAUGAAGCUCUACCAGCUGACCAUCCUGCGCAGCAAACAGGAGGAUGUGGAGGAGCAGGAGGUGCUGAUACCCAGCGUGGACAACAUGGAGCUACUGAGACCGUACACAGAUGCAGAGGGCAUGAGCAGCAUCGCCAUCUUCUUCAGCGUGCUCUUCUCCAUGCUGGGUGUGUUUCUCCUGGUGGUUGUGGGACUCGUGCUGUACGGACACUGGAGCGAAAGCAGACGGAAACGCUUCUACUGACCCGUUCUCAUCUCAGCACUUCCUGUCUGAAUGUUUCUGUACUCUGUGAAUGAUGUGGUCCACUGAAGUUCUGACCGUUUGGACCUCUGAACACUCAACCCGUUGUCAGGUUCCAGCUUCAGAUGACAUGAUGAUGAGAGCAUCACAAGAUCUGAACUCUCCCUGCAUCCUGCGCUUCUGCUGCCUUCAUUCUCAUAACAGACCCAAUAUUUAUUCUUUAUUAUUUAUUUAUUGUACAGAGCAUGCACCAUCUUGUUGUUUUUUUUGGCAAAAUGAUUAUUUGUCUCUAUUCAAAUGGGAAAUCUAAUGAUCUUAUGGAAUUGAAAUGAAAAUGUUGUUGCUUUUAUGCCCUUUUAUCUGUAUGCCACUACUGUAAUGCUAAACACUGAGCAUUCAACACUUGAAAAUGUGUCACUCUGAGCUGAAUGUAAAUGCUAGUGCUGUGCUGCAGCGUUCAGCUCUAACUCUAAUCAAACAUGCCUUUAACAAGCUAUUCAGUAUUUUCAGGAUUAUUGAGUCAAUAGGCAGGUGACAUUUUUUCAGGAUUGGAGUUGAACACUGUAAUACAGCGACUUUCUAAGACUAAGAGUAACUUUCCUACUCCCAUCUAAAUGAACAAAUACAAUGAUGUCUAUCAUCAAGACUCAGAUCUGUAGAUGUUAUUGAAAAUCAGAUGGACAUCAGUCUUCACUCUGUAAUGAAAGACCAUUCUCCAGGUCAAGUGAAUCUGAAAGACUACUUUUAAGUAAAAAAAAAAAACUUUUGAAAAAUACUGAAAAUUCCUCCUGAUGUUACCAUAAUGAAUCAGCAUUGAAGUUGUGUGAUCAUUUAGUGUGUGAUAUGCAGUGAUAAUGUGUUAAAAUCUGCAACUGUACUCGAGUCAUCUACGUUUCACUUCUUUGUAAAAGAGCUAUUUUGCUGGAAAGUGUGCAGAUGAGUUUGCGCUGAUUAUGGAUGACCGGAGAGGACAGCACAAAAUCACGAGGAUUCAGGACUAGUACCUUCACCUUCUCCCCUUUCGGUAUGGCCUGAGUAGAAAUCCUUGUUGUUUGACAUCUGAAAUGACAGCAUCAAAGAAUUGAAUUUCCAUUAACACUUCAGUUGCUCCAUUAAAGAUGACAAAUAAACAUUAGACAUUUAAAAUCUUAA